ACAGAGCGAGACUUCGUCUCAAAAAUAUUGAGAUGUACCUUCUAACUCAACAAGUCUUUUUCAUCUCAAAAAUAUACAGAACUCAUUCAUUCUGUAUAAUGUAAAUAUAGCACUCAAAAAUGUACAUAUUAUGUUCCUGCCCUUAAUUUUAUAGUUUACUAUCCAGAAAAUUAUCAUAUAUAAACUGAUGUUGUGGAUCUUAUUCCACUCUUUUCUCAUAGAGAAUAUAGCAGAGAAUACUUAUGUGUUUAAAAUUAUUUUAUUUGGAUGAUUUCCUUCACUUUAUAAGUCAGAACCAGUUCUCUUUAGAAUUUCAUUUCAACUUGAGUCAAAUUCAAAAUUUUGCCCAUGGCCAGUUGGUAAAUAUAUGUAUGUGUGUUUUUCAGAGACCACUGACAUUUAUGGAUGUGGCCAUAGAAUUCUCUCCAGAGGAGUGGCAAUGCCUGGAUACCACACAGCAGAAUUUAUAUAGGAACGUGAUGUUAGAAAACUACAGAAACAUGGUCUUCCUUGGUAUUGCUGUUUCUAAGCCAGACCUGAUCACCUGUCUGGAGCAAGGCAAAGAGCCCUGGAAUAUGAAGAGACAGGAGAUGGUGGCCAAACCCCCAGGUAGGUGAGAGUGAAUGCAACAGACGACGCAGAUGAGAGGUCCAGAUGUCAA